AUGAAUUAUCUAUUUGUAUUUACUAUUAUUAUUAUACUAAUAUCCUCAAUUAAUGCUUCCACUUUCGGAAACUCGUUCGCCGGUACUCUGUGGGAGUCACUCGGAAGUGACUCAAAGAGUGUUGCCCAGUUCACACUCACUGAGAUUGCCGAUGUGGUCAGUAUCAGCGCAUAUCAGAAGGGUGCUGGCCGUUCUGGUACUCAGAAGUUACGUACGGUGAUCUACUCUGACAAUGGAAAUCAACCAGGUGGCCUUGUCGUUAUCUCAAAUGAGUUGUCAGUAUCUGGUACUUCCACUGCCAAAUGGGUCACUUAUACCUUGGCAUCAAGUGUCAGAUUGAAUCCUGGAAAGUAUUGGUUGGGUCACCUUGUAGGCUCUACCAAUCAACUCACCAAACGUGCAUACAGCUCGAGCACUGUCCUCGCCGCUUGGAAUGGUGACUCAUAUACCGACGGAGCUACCAACCCAUUUGGUAAUCCAGAGGCAUACACUUCCCAGUUUUCAAUCUACGCCACCUACACAACCCCUACUACCUCUCCUUCUCCAACACCUUCUCCCACUCCUACUCAAACUCCUACUCCAACACCUACUCCAACUCAAACCACUACUCCAACACCAACACCAACUCAACCACCAUCUGUCAACGUCUCCAACGCCAACUCACUCGGACAGUUCUACCUGGACUACUCUGAAGUCUCACUUAUCACCCAACAUGCUGGAGUAUAUGCCUGGGAGGUGAUACAGAGCUACAUGAGAGACCAUGUCAACAUUGCCAACCUCAAGGCAACCAACCCCAAGAUGCGCCUAUUCAUGUACUUUGAAACUGCCGGUGCAUACGCAGAGACAACGGAUGCCACCUGGCCAUCAGGUAUGGGAUAUCAAUGGGUCAAGGCCAAUCACCCAGAGUGGAUCGUGAAGGAUGGCAAUGGCAAUGAUAUCACCUUCUGGGGAGGAAGUCUACAUCUCUAUGAUGUAGGCAACCAAGCCUAUCAAGACGAGUGGGCAACUCAAGCUAUUAACUAUGCCAAGACUGGUGGAUUCCACGGUGUAUUUGGUGAUGAUGUGAACAUGGGUGAAGCAUUCCUUGACUCAUGGUCAGGUACCUCAUCCAAGUACCCUACAUACCUAUCAUGGACUCAAGCAAUGGAAUCAUUCCUCAAUCGUGUUUCACCCAAACUAAGGGCAGCUGGUAUUGGAUUCGUACCAAAUGUAGCCUCCCAAUGGGAUUCUGAUCGUGCUACCCAAGUCAGAUGGGCUCAGGCUGCUGGAGGAUACGCUCGUGAGCAUUAUGAAGCUUGGCAAGGAGACACUGCAACCGACAUACUUGGAGGAGCAGAAUGGAAAUGGAUGGCUGAGCUACAUCGAGAUAUAGUAGCGGCCAAGGUACCAUUCUACGCAUUCCCCCAUGCCGGAAAGAAGAAUGUCAACAAGAUGAGAUACACUCGAUGUUCAUUCCUUCUCUGGCAUGAGCCAAGUGUUGGUGGAGCAUACGCCUUUUCAACUGGAGGUGGUCCAGAUGCUGGUUCAGAUCCUUACGAUUCGGCAUGGACCUUUGACCUUGGAAGUCCUUCAGGUCCAGCAACCCAACAAUCUGCUGGGCAACAAUUCAAUAAUUAA